AUGGAUCAUAUGAUUAAGAAGGAAAUGAGAAAAAAAUUGGAAAGUGGGUAGAAUUGUUUGAGGGAUUUUAAUAUUGUUCUUAAGUCACUUAUAAUGGUGAAUAUAAUAAGAAUGGUAUAAAGAUAGGUAGAUGGGAUAUUAUGUAUUGUGCGCCUGAUAAGGAUGAAUAUAAAUAAAUGUAAAUAUUAGAUAAGGUAUAAAGGGGAAUCUAAAUAAAUAUAUAGUGGUGGGGGAUCAUACAAUUAAGAAAGAAAUCAAAUAAAGAUAGGAAAGUGGAUAGAAUUAAUUGAAGGAUUUUAUUGUGAAAAAUAAGUGUAUUAUAAAGGUGAAUAUAAUAGGAAUGGUAUGAAGGUAGGUAGAUGGGAUAUUAUGUUUUGUAAAUAUAGAGAAACGGAAUAUAAAAUAAUGUAAAUAUUAUCGAGUAUAAAGCGAAAUAUAUGUAUUUAUUUAGUGGUGGUGGAUUAUAUGAUUUAGAAGGAAAUUAGAAAAAGUUUGGAUAGUGGGUAGAAUUGGUUGAAGAGUUUUAUUGUGAAAGAU